AUGUCCUCUAUUGAUCCCCCAGCAGCCGCCGAAAUUCGUCUUUUAUUAAUCGGUCCUCCUAAAGUUGGUCAAUCAAGUAUAGCGAAUGUAUUAGCAGGCAGAAAUGUUUUUCCAAUUGCUGCUUCUAGUUCAAGUUCUAAAACUGCAACAAAAUCUCCAAGACAUUAUACAAAUAAGACAAUUCUAUCAAACAAGCAUUUGUUAAUUGUUGACGCACCUCCUCUAUUCGUAUUAAAAAAUUCAACAUCGAAUGAAGCAGAAAUGAAAAGUUUGGCCGAAUGCAUCGCUUACAUUAGUCCUGGACCACAUGCUAUAUUUUUGAUUCUGAGUUGCGACGAUAAAAAAAACGAUUUAUUCGACAUGGAAAAGAUUGUCACCACAGUAUUUGGUAGUGAAGCAUUGAAACAAUCUAUUGUUGUUUUCACGAAUAUUGAUCGUUUGACAGAGAAGAACAUUAGCGUUGAAGAUUUUAUAAAUAAUCAAUGUAAACAACAAUCGCUAUUAGAUGCAUGUGACAGACGUUAUCUGACAAUUGAUUCAUCAACAAACGAUUUAACAAAACAUGAAACAUUUAUAAAGCAAGCGCUUAUUUUAUUGAAUAAUUUAUGGGAAAAACAGACAAUAUUCAAAUCAGAUAUGUUUAAUACCAUUGAAAAAGAAUUACAACAUAUAGAACAACAUCGUUUACAAGAUUUAUUGAAACCGGAUACAUCAAUAGUUGAGCAAGGAGCCAUGAAAUUAGCUGUACGAGAACAAUUGAGAGAUGACAUACAUAGUCACAGAGAACUAGCUGAUUCUACAUUUUUUACAUUACAAACACAUUUACAAACAAUAUUUAAAUCAUUGGUACAAGAAGUAGCAAGAUAUUUUGAAGAGAAUAUUGCUAGUAGUUAA